GUGGAAUCAUGGGUCGUUUAGGGUCAUCCAGCAGGUGUCUGGAUUUAGGGGGCUCAUGGUCGUCCGGAGUGAUCCAAUUGAGGCUUUUUUCCAUCUUUGGACAGCUUGGCCGCUGAAAGGGGAAUUUGUGCGGAUUGCGCAACUAACUUGUCUGAGAUAGAAGGUCGAAACUGGCACUGAUCUGGUUGGAUCUAGUCGGGUCGGGUUGGAAAGGGAUUAGCUAUUCGGACGACAUGAAGAGACGGGAUGGGGGAAACAGUGGUAAAUAUUGCAUUGCCAUACGUCGAGUAUCGAAGGUCACAGAUCUCCUCGGCCGAGAGAGAGAGAGAGGUGGGGCCGGUCCUUGUGCUGGCUGUGCGAAGUUGAGGUGCUGCUGCGAGUGAGACAGUGAUGUGGGGGCUCGGUCAGGCUGAGGAGCGAGCUGAGGCACUAACUAGGGGACAGAAGAUCUUCAUCUUCUAGGAAGAAAGGAACGCCAUAAGAUCUGACAAGAGAGCCGCAGCGAGAUCGCGGGGAGCUUCUGGACUCGCUUCGCUUUGGGAGCAGCAAAUAUCUGCAUUCCUCUCUCGACCCGCUCGACUCUCUCUCUCUCUCUCAGUCCGCCUCCCGCUUCUGUUCUUGUUCUCCUGGUCCUCUCUCCUCUCUCCUCUCCCCCCUCUCUCUCCUUCUCUCUUUCUCUUUCUACUUGAAUGACAGGAUCGCUGCCCUCCUUACCGAUCUACGUGCUCUCUCGUCACCCCAGAUUGCUGUCUUUUCCUUCCUUUUAGAGCUCUCGCGCUCGCAUCUUGGGGCGCUCACUGGGAAGACACUUUUGCGCUCUCUCCCGCUGCUCUCACUCACUCUCUCUCUCUCUCUCUGCCGCGAGCCACAUUUUGAUUUGAUCUGAACUUGAGGAACAUCGCCGCAUUUCGGGUUUGGAUCAUCUUCGGUCGUCACGUACGGCCCGUGGUCGCGGUUGUAGCUCGCCCCGCAGUCAGCCGCCGGGCCGCCGGUCUCUCUCACUCUCAUGAGGCAUCGUCACUGCAGGUCCACUUCUGCUCCCGGCUGGAAUUGGCAACAUUAUCAUGCCAAGGCCUGUUCGUGUCGUCCAAGCUGAGGGGACGGUCAGCUGACAGGCGUCCGGUAAUUCGGAAAGGGUUCGUUAUGGACAUCUGAGUGAGUCCGGUGGCCGGGACCUUGACCUCGAGGAUUAGGGACGAUUUCGUCGGUGCGGAACUGAAGUCAAGCUGGAUUGCACCCAGCUAGUUAUGAAACCGGAACUCUUGGAUCUUCUUUGCAGGAGAGCUGAGGGUGGAUGCAUGAGAGGUGAAAACUCCGAGCGCAUUGUUGCAGAGAACACAGCAUUCUUCUACUACCACAGAAAAAGGGCUUGGGUCUCAGUGCAUUCCCUCUAACAUAAGGCCGACACCGAAAGUCGUCAAUUGAACCGUGCUCCCGAGUAUUUGAUGAGCCCGGAGCUUUAAUUCAAACACCAAUAAUUGGAAAGACCAAAGUGACAGUGGGUACGCAAAAUGUCCUUGAGAAACUUAUGACAUCAUAAAAUAAGCUUAAGCUUCCGAGCUCGAGAGUGCCGAUUUCGGCGGCUCUACGCGUUCGAGGGUUCGAAGUUCCAACAUCAGAUGUCACCUUAUAGCCCGUACCUAACAGCUUAAAGAGAGAGAUUCAGAAGAACAGGAACCUGCAAAAUCUUGCGGACUAUCGAAAUAUAUAUCCAUGGCCGGGAAUAGUACGCGGAUUCCAUAAUAUUUUCAGCUCCAAUUGUUUGCAGAGGGUGGUGCUUCGGGUGUAGUGCCCAUGUUGAGAUGGUCAGUCGGCUGCACACCAUCCAGGAAUCACGAGUUUCUGUUGUGGUGGAUUGUUCUUGCGAAGAUUGCUUCUUUACUGCUGCGGAUCAUCUGAAGUAUCUUCCUCACUUCUUCGCCUGCAACGCCGGACGACGAUCUUGAGGGCUUCUUGCAAAUUUCAUAGCCGAAUAUCAUUCAGCGGCGAUGGCGAGAGUAGUCGGCCAUAGCCCAAGAAAUCACCGGCAGACUAAAGGUGAGGAUGGAGUAUGCGGUAUCUUGAUCUACGACAAAUGUUAAAGCUCCCAGCUAUCCUAGGCUCGUGAGUUUGUUCAAAGACUUCACGGCUUUGAAGCUUUUUCGAGCGGCCCCGGAACGAUGGAUGGCAGCUAAUGUUAUCGUGAUCAAUCGGGCAAGAAAUAAAUCUGAGCCAUAGUUGAGUCAAGAGCUCCUCCGGCUGCCAUGGACUUCUGAUAAUCACCAUCAGCUGAAGCGUUGGUCUCGGGAGUCGAUGGAUUGACGUGACACCGUCAGCUACCGAGAGAUUUCUUGGAGUGGAGAUUGAUUACGCUCUCCUUUUGUGUGGUCAAUGGGUGGAGAAGCAACGGGGCGCUUAGAUUUGUGCUCACAGUGGCAAAUCACGCCGGAUUCCGGCUUCAUCAGACCUUUCAACAAACCUGUUCUGGAGGAACCCAACUUCGCCAUGCCAGCGUUGCCAAAUUCUGGAGUUUGGCCGGGCGCGCAAUCGUUGGCAACAUGUACCAGCUCCGGCCCUUCGGCUUUGUUCAGCGUCUCGACGGCAGCAGCAUCGCGAGGGUUGUUGGAUCACCACACUGCUUCGCGAUCAAUGCAGUUCAACCACUUGCUUCCGAAGCAGGAGGCUUUCAUCUCAUCCAACUUUCCCUCGAUGCUCGGGCAGUCGACAUCAUCCCUGGGUUAUGACCGUCUUCCCCAGACGCAGCUUUUCGGAAGCCCGCUUUUGCCGAAUGCCGAGCACCAGCUGGUGGGAAGAAGCUCUUUGAAUUCGUUCAGUUACGAUGACGGGCUCGUUCACGGCUCUAGCUCUAGUGGUGCUUCCCGGGAACGAGGGAAGCAGCAGCUGCCUCCACCUUCAGGUCCUGCGCAAGCUAACGGAGGAUCCCUGGUCCUGGACGUGUCGAAAGGCGAGCUGAUCAACCUGUCGAAGUUGACUCCUCAGGAGAUCCUCGAUGCCAAGGCACUGGCUGCCUCGAAGAGUCACAGUGAAGCGGAGAGGAGGAGGCGUGAGCGGAUCAACACUCAUCUCGCGACAUUACGGAACAACCUUCCCAGUUCCACUAAGACGGACAAGGCAUCACUGCUCGGAGAGGUUAUAGACCAUUUAAAGUUUCUCAAGCGGCAAGCAGCCGACAUCGCCGAAGGGGGUCCAGUACCUUCAGAUGUGGACGAGCUGACUGUGGACGUGGACCCUUCGUCGAGCGAGAUUGGAGAUGGACGGACUUACUAUCGAGCGUCUCUUUGCUGUGAUGAUCGACCAGAUCUUUAUCCGGAUCUUAUGAGGACGCUGCACACUCUGAGGCUUCAGACCGUUAAGGCUGAGAUAGCAACACUGGGCGGGCGCAUAAAAAAUGUCCUACUGAUGACCAGAAGCGAUGAGGGUAGCGACGAGGAUGACAAAGAAGCUCUAUCUGUGUCGUCUGUAAUGGAAGCUUUGCGGGCUGUGAUGGAGAGGUCAGGGCUUGGAGAUCAGUCGCCAGGCUCCAGCAACAAAAGACAGAGACUUGCAUCCUUAGAUUCGUCGAGCCCUUCGAUGUAAGACCCGAUUCCGUCCUCGCCAUGUUAUCUGAUGAAUGGACAGCUAGCACGCCCCUAAUCAUACUGUAGCUUCCUACAUAGCUCACUCCCCUCCCUUCCUUACUCAGCAUCAUUCUUCCUGAAACCUGCUGUAGAACAUUUCCUUUUAGUGUAGCUUCCUAAAAGCAUGUGUCGAUCCCGAAGAUAUUCAACGACCUUGAAAAUCAGCUAUCGUUUACUGUCGGCCCAGCCUCCUACACCUGGAGUUUUUUUCUUAUUUUUUUUCUUUACGUAAGCUCCUUCCUUACUGGCUACUUCGUUACGAUAUGCCCACCCUUAUAGUCAGUUCAUUGCCGGAGUAAUUUUGCCAUGAGCCUUGCUACAUGUCAGGCUGUACGUACAUUUUGGAGUUAUCGGAAGUUCAGAGAACUGAGGUAGAAAUUCGUGCAAGUUCUCUGGGAUGCUGAGAACAUAUUCACGAGAAGGGAAUUGUCGGGUCGUCGUGUUAGUGGUCUUGAGAUGUCCUACAAGGGCGGUGGUUACCUUGCUCAGGAAGAGGUAGAGGUGGUCGGUGACUGGUAGAUUUAGUCGAUAAUUGGACACUUGUAGUUAGACGAGAGGAUUGAAAGUGAAGGGUUGGACUUACAUGGAAUCAGAAGAAUUCCCCGACCCCUUUCAUUUUCGAGCAGUCCAUGGGUGGAUAUGGGGGUUUGUUUCAGCGCAGAACCCAACUCCCAUCUCCACCCGUCUGAUUGCCUUUGUAAACUGGUAUGGAAGUCCAACCAUUUGUAAUUGUGGUUUCUUUCCGUUACCACGGCACCGCCACCAGGAAACGACUUCUUCACCUAAUUUUUGACUGCGAAUAGAGUUGAUGUUGUCACCUUGUGCAAGUAAAGCUAUUAAUAAAGCUGACGUGCAUCAUGUUGA